GUUUGAGAGCAUUUCAGAUAUAAAUAUCACAAAGCAACGCUGCUUUGACAUCUGCUGUCCUGAGCUACUGCCGACAACAUCAUGCCAUGAGUGUAACCCGGUUCGCACCCCUUUCACCUGGGCCGUAAUGGUCGAUACCUCAUCUUAAACAUCAAAGAGAGGCAUCUGGGUAUGUGCAAUAUGUUUGCUUUCCACAAGCCUAAGAUCUACAGGAGUAUACAGGGCUGUUGCAUUUGCCGGGCAAAGUCUUCGAGUUCUCGGUUCACUGAUUCAAAAAAAUAUGAAGUCGACUUCAAACAGUGCUUUAAGCUUGGUCGAGACCAAAAGCGCUCUGGGGAAAUAUGCAAUGCAUGUGUACUGCUAAUUAAAAGAUGGAAGAAGCUACCAAAAGGAACAGAACGAAACUGGAACCAUGUGGUAGAUGCACGUGCAGGGCCGGGGAACAAAGCAAUGUUAAAAAAUAGAAUGAAAUCUAAAGUACAAGCGACGGAAAACAACGGUUCUCCAACAAACAAGAAACAAAGGCCUAGCAGGCCACCGGUUAGGAUACGAAAAAUGCGAUUGAUGGAUACAUUAAACGUGGAACGCGAAGGUAGGCGUAACGAAGUGCGAAAUAUGGGUCUCAAGAGAACAGGCCACUCUCCUCCAAGCCCCACUCCAAGCGACUUGUCUGACGACGCUCAUGAUGGAUCGAAUCUCGGGGAAGGCAGCAUCGAUCCACACCAAGAUUUCCCACCCUCCGUACGAGAUAUCUUAGACAUCAAUUGUUGGAGAAUGGAAAAGAUCUGUUGCGGAACGAUAUUCAAGGGACCAAGAGGAGAGGUUCUAGUGGAUCCUCAUCUUCUGAAACCGUGUCGGUGUGCUAUUUAUAAACCAACCUACUCAACAGCCGUGACUCGGACAAACAGUGAUCAGAUCGUACCAAACAGCGAGCAUACGGAUCAGGAAUGGAAGAAGGAUAUAGAAUGGAACAAAGUGACACAAGAUGAAAUCGACUUUCAUGGAAGUCACGUGCCAAAAAUGGAUUGCUCCAUCUAACAAGCUUAAACUAAAUUUUGUUUAUACAGCCUACGAUCUACCGCUUCUAAUUUUGCUUUAAUGGGCCUAACUAUCAUCGUGGUGUAUGAUUUUCUAACAUUUUUCAUUUCCAGUUACGGAAAGAUAAUGUUUAUAUUAGUUCUUUGACACAACUCAUUUAUUCAUUUUCUGUUACUUUAUUUGGUCCCCUAAACCAUAAGCAUCGAUUUAACUUUUAUUUUUAAUUAUUAAUAACCAUAACAUAACUGUUCAUCAUGCUCUAUGCAACUAACGAUUCAAAAUACACAUUCCAUGCUAAAACCGUUAAAGCUCUUAAACAGUAACCGGUACCAAAGGUUAUCUCACCAAAUUGAUAUUUUCUCUUCCAAAAUAUCAACAUUUUCGGUUAAUAACUUAUAUUUUAAUAAUCACGAAUAAUUCCUAAAAUUCUCCAUAGUAUUUACCAAAAUAACUUUAUAUGCAAUCGUAAAUGUCGGUAAUUGUCUAAAAUUCCUUCAAUACAAGUUGUUUCAUCAUUUCCAAUUAGCCCUACCAACAUCACAUGACUGAUGUUGGUGUUGACUAAAUAUGAUAGAUACAUAUUAUAAUUGUCUAAGUUUGACGUUUUUUACCAUUAUAUCCAUACACGAGCAAAAUAGCUGGGUUUUUUUUUGUUUAGAAAUUAGUCACAUGGUGUUAAAACCUUCUAAACAACACAAAAUAGGAAGGCAAAUGUCUGACUAGACCUACAUCAACAAAUUCGAAUAAGAAGAAUGCAGUUGCGCCCUCUAUUUUUUUUCGAAAAGAAGCCAAAACUGUGAAAUCUUUAUUAUAGAUCUGUCCAAAAAUAUGUAAGCAUACCAUACUGACUCACUACUGCAUUAUUAUUAUUAUAAGAAAAACUGUAUACGUUUGUAUGUCGCACUCCGUCCUGUUUUAUUUAUUAUGCAUGUAAUGCAUGAAUUGUCAGUUCCAUAUUGGAAUAUUUUAAUUUUGUAACCGAUGUUAAUAUGUUGUUGACGCUUAAAGUACUUGCCAAUAAUGUCGGGAUAUUCAUGGAAAUAGCUAGGAUUUAGUACCUAACAGUUUAGUUAAUCUUUUUUUGGUGUCGGGAUAUGCAUUUUCAGUAAUGCCUUUUUUUUUUUUUUAUUAAAGUAAAUAUACUACAAAUAAUAGAAAUACUUGCAUAUAUUUACUUAUUUAUACAGAUAAUGAUAUACAGUACUAACCUUUGUUUAAAAUUCAAACGUUGGUGACGGGCUACUAAUGUUGGUGGUAGCUAGUAGACUAACCCUGAUGUUCAUCUUCGAUUCCAAAUUGGUGUCGGGAUAUGCAUUUUUAGUGACGCUUAUGGGUGCUAACAUUAUUAUAAUUAAAAUUAUUGCAUAUUUACUUAGUUAUACUGUAACCAUAGAUAUAUUAUAUACUGUACCAACUUUUUUUUAAUAUUCAGGCGUUGGUGACGGGAGACUAACGGCGGUGGCAGUAGACUAAUGUUGGUGUUUUAUAAUAAGCACAGCACAACUUGCACAUACACGUCUUGUCUAACCCUUUCAGUGCAUCGCGUCCUGUCUUGUUUCACCUUUUUUUGUCUUAAACCCACCGGUCACACGCAGGUUGCAGGCAUACUUGAUAAAGGAUAUCUUCUCUCUUUCUCAGUCUUUCUAAUUAGAAACCAAAAGCUCUCUGAAAAUUUGGCUGGUUCCUCUUUAUUCGAAUAUGUACAAUAAUUGAACAACCUACCUGGGUAAAUUCAGCUGAUAUUCCAAUGUGUGCAUUUUAGAUCUCUGAUAAGAUCUAUUCGAAACUCUUUACUAGCUUACUCUAUCUCCAUUUCCAUCUUCGCAAAUCAAACUCUUCCUCUUAAUGGAGUGUCCAAUAUCAAUGUUGUCUGCUAUAAAAAUCUGCGAGACUGGUGUUUCUUCCUAACUCAUUAUAAUCAUCCGUGUUUUAAUAGUUAUUUAUAGAAUUAGUGACUAAUAUUUAUAUACCGUAUAAUAUUGCGCUAUUAAUGCUUUGUAUUUAGAAUUAAAAAUGCAUAAAUAUUUGUGGAUAUUUAAUAUAUAUAUAAAAUAGGUAGGCCUUUGUUUAUUUAUAUGAAUUUAUUCUGCAAUAAUACAAUAGUCAACUGAAUCUUACGCCACUACGAAUGCUGCAUUUUAUUCAAGUUGUGACGGAGAGAGCAUAUUUCUUGAACUCACCCAAGAUGCGUCUAACAAUCAGAUUUAUGAAAUCAAACUAAUACGUGUGCUCAUGCUAGUACUGAUAUCAUUUUAAAAAUAAUUUUGAACGUGUUCCAUUUAUGAUGAACACUGGUCAAACUAAUUCUACAUUCAAUAAAAUGAUAUUAGUCUAAACUAAUACUGUAUACUAAUAAACGACAAUAUAUUUGCUUAACGCUUAGCUAACUAACACUAACAAUAAUUGCAUCGCUAAUUGCUAAUUAAUUACUAAUACAAUAAUAAUAUUACUAAUACAUGUAUCGCGUUAGAAUAGUACUAACACCAUAGGCACUAUUCAGAGAAUAAUCGUAGCAGACACCUUCGUAUUGCGUUCACAUUAGAAGUGAACAUCUUUGCACCUUGCACUGCUAACAGUAGUUAUAUAUUAAUACUAUCGUCUUAACAUCCUUGGCGUUAUUUCACUUUUUGAUAUAGGCCCAAGUGUUGUGUAAUUCGAGUAAUUUACUUUAGUUAUAACAUAGAAGCCUUGGUUUUUUGAUGUUUAACAUUUGACCUGUUGGAGACAAUCGAAAAUUGUACUCCAAUGUAACUUGCACUAACACACCUUUAGAGUAUUAACAAAAAUAAUUAAAAGAUAGACUUCGUUUGAAUAACAUGACGUCAUGAGGCUGCUCCAAUAAAAACACAUACUGUAUAGCAUUAGUAACCGUUGACGCGUUGUACUAGUGUUAUUCAAUUAGUUAUAGUCUCUUUAAGAUGUAGCAAAUUUGUUGUUUGUGUUAAUUCAAUUAGGCCUACAAACUUUAAAAUGUGUCAUAUGGGUGGGUAUGACCAUGCUACCAGACAAAUGAUGAAUAAUUGUGGCCCUUGAUCUCAAAUUAAAUUAAAAAAGUGUAUUUAUACUAUGUACGUUAUCGAUGUACAGUAGUAAAUGUAAAUGGUUCUUUCUGAUUGGUAUUCUGAUUAAGCCUACUAACAAGUGAUUAUUUUUAAAUCAUUGUAUUAGGUCUAUCUCAAUACAACUUAGCAGGCCAGACCUCAAAUGCAAUUAUGAUAGGUAUCUUUCGUUGAAGUUAGCUCAACACUUCAGCUGGACUGAGUAGAAAAUAUAGGCCGGUUUUGAUGUUUGUUUUAUUGUCAGUCCAACACUUGCCGUGUAUAAGGUUAUGGUAACGUAAUUUUUUUAAUGUUGCGAUUAAUAGGUUCAAACCGGCCAUGUUAAUUCAAAUGAAUUCUAAACGUAUUUGCUUACAAAUAUUAUUUUAAGACGCAUGAGCUUAGUAAAAAAAACUGUUUGUUGAACAGACCGACAGUUAAAAUAUUUAGGCCUACGUUUACAGUGGUCAUUAAAAAAAAAAGAAUAUUGUAGUAUUAGAUUUAUUUAUUUCUCACGUGUAAAAAAGUACACUUAAUGUUAAUAGUAAAAUGGUGUUGUUAAUGUUAGUGAAAAUAUAUAUAUAUAAAAAAGCCAAUGUAACCAGUGUAACCCUCUUUUAGUGGUUGAUCAGGUGAUGCGAUGGUCACGUAAACAAGCAUUAUGAGCUAUUUUCCGUAUGUUAUGAUCCCUUCGAUACUAUUCUGGGUACAUUUCUUGCAUGGUGAUGCGUUUUUAAUUUUUUUGGUUCAUUAUCUAAGAUGAUAACCAUUUUGUACCGCCCGGCGUGUGUGCUGUUUUAUCGUUAUUUUAUAUAUUAAACACAAAUAAUUUA